GCAGCGAAACUAAGCAUGCGCAGAAUGUAACUAUGGUUACCUAGAAGUCUAACAGAAGAACAUGGUGAAGAGUUGACUUUCCACAGGCGUUAUUAAUUGCAACUGUAAAGUCAGAACAUGUUCGCGAUGGAUUUCCCAGUGGACGGCUCCAGAGAGAAGGCUGUGGAGGGCAGACGAGCCGCCGAGGCUGAGCGCAAGGCCCGCAUCUUCAGCACACGGAGUCGGGUGAUGGGCGUGGAUCUGAGUACUUUGGACCAGCAGGUGGAGGAGAGACAACUCAAACGAGACGCAGAGAGACAACGAGAAAAAGCUUUCGGGCACCUGAGAAGCAGUCAAGAUAGAGCGCAACUGGAACAAGACAGAGAAGAGCAGGAAAACCUUUCUGCAAUAAAUAGUGACCUUGCUCAGUAUUGGGCCACUCAUCAGCGAGUAGAAGAUUCCCGUGAUGCCGAUCUCAUAUGUUACCAGCAGGGGGCGUCCAAGUUCACGAUCCCUGAGGAUGAGCUUGGGCCAUCCAGUAUGCAAGUUUUCCUGGGAGAGGAUGCAGAAGCUAGCCAAAGGAGGAGGGAACAGAUAGUGACGACGGAGAGAGAGUUGCAGGCGCAGAAGGAGGACGCAGAGACGAGGCGAACGAAGGAGAAGUGUAUCGAGGAUCUCGUGAUGAAGACACUAGUGCAUCAAGACCUGAGGGCGGUUGAACUGGAAGCACAGGAAGAAGAGUGUAGGAGAGCUGUCCGCAUGGCGCUCAGCAACUACAAUCAUGCCCUGGCUGCGGAGCGGACGGAGACACUGAGGCAGCAGCACCGGAAGGACGAAGGGCAGAGUCUGGCCGAGAUGGGCCACAUGGUGACCUCCGACAUACUGACCGAGUGCCCCGAGGCGGCAGAGAGGGGGCAGGGCCGGGUGCUGACGGACAGGUGGCGGGGGAUGACUCCUCAGCAGCUGAGCGCCAUCUAUAGGGAGAGGGAGGAACAGCGGCUCGGCAGACAGAAGCAGCAGGAGACUGAGAGGGCGAGGGAGGCCGCCUGGGACCUUGAGCAGAUGAGUCUGGCCAGGAGGGGGGAGGAGGUGGAGAGGAAAGAGAGAGAGCUGCAGAGAGAUAGGAAGAUUCAGCUGGACCAGUACAACAUGCGGCUAGCCAGGGAGCAGCAAGCACAUCAGGAGCAUCUGGACAAGAAGCUGUACACCAACAAGCCCAGUGGAGACUAUUUUAACCAGUUCAACACCACCUCACGCUAAGUACUGCAGCUCACACGAGACUCUGCCAACCUCCCCUGAGUAUACCUAUAGAUUUGCAGCAAAUAAAGGGUGUAUUCCUCUCCUGCAAAUCUGAAGUGUAUUUAAUUUCUUUUUGGGGGUUUGUAAAUGAUGAUGCGAUGGGUAUGUUGGCGAGAGAACAGGACUCGUCUUUUGCAACUGAUUGAUCCAGGUACUUUAUUAGUAAUCAUUGUAUAUCGAGUUACAGUGGUUGAUUCAUAAUGCAGAUACAAUAAUAAUUGGCCCCAUAGGUCGUCCACAUGUCCAUCCUGGUGAACCACCCACCGACUCCAAAACCUGAAGUCCUGAACCCCCCCCCCCCCCCCCCCCCCCCCCGUACCCACAUCACAUUGAAGCCAUCUGAGUUAGUUUUUGUUACAGUUUCUCGUUAAUGCAGCAAUUCAUUUUUUAUUUCUAUUUUGUACGGUUUUCUUUUUAUGGUCUAUAAAAAACGAGAGGGGGGGGGGGGAGGUUACGGCCACGGAGAAGCAAAGGUCAGCGACCCCUAGUUCCUCCUCUGCACAUGGAAAGCAGAGAGUGCAUAUCGGUGGAGUGAAUAUCUGCGCACGUACGUAUACUCAUUAUGCUCAUCCGAAAGCCCACAUUACACGCCCGGACACAGACAGAACAACACAACACACGUUUAGCAGCAGGUAGUCUAGAUAGAAUAUUGACGUGGUGUUUUGUUUUUUUAUCCUAUAGCAUCACUUUUGCGUCACCUGAAUGUAUGAAAAUAGAUUUUCUAAAAGUUUCUGUCCUGAGUGUGUCUGCACAGCAACAAGGAGGCCAAAUCUCUUAACCAGCUCAAUGCUGCGUCACGAGCUCCACACCCGUUCCCAGUGUGUUUUUCCUAGAGGGAUCGGCAACAAGUGAAUACUUGGCCAGUAUAGGCGGGCAGUUGUUGUUGGAGCAGCGGGUGCAGAGACAGCGACAUUGCAUAUAGCUACUCCCUGUGGCAUUCCCAAAAGCGCCUCACUUCGUACUUUUACCUCAUAACUGCAUCAGACAAAGACUCCACAGAUUCUCACAGCACUGCAAUGCUUCAACGGUUUAUGGAUGGCGGAUGCGAUGUAAGCGUUAGUUUGGACUUAUACUACUAUCACUAAAUGACGAUUUUAAAUGUACAAUUUUUCUUUUCUUUUUUAAUAUCCGAGUGUUUGCAAACAUUUAAGAAACAAUUGGGGAUUUUUUUUUUGUCUUUGAUUCAUUUUUUUCUCCAACUAUGAACUAGUUUGUUUUGUUAGAACAGAAAAAAAGGAAAGAGUUGAUUCAUAACUACAAUAUUUGUAAGUAAAUUCAACAAGAUUUAAAUCUGCACAUUUCAUUAUCAAACAAACUCAACCAAAGCACUCUUUAAGGGUUGUAUUUACAUUCAAUAUCUUAAAAGCUCUCCUUCCCAGUCUUGCUAUAUUCAUACCAAAAUACCUCCAGCUCCACAAUUACUUUCGUCAUAUUUUCAACACAAACAAAACAUUUUUGGCAUGAAAUAAUAUUUGUACCAAGGCUUAAAAUAAUACAUUCUACGUUCAGUUUUUCUUUUUGUAAUGUAAAUGCUAACGGCCUACAUAAAAUAUACAUCAACAGGGCAUGAUUAAGCCUGUUUCUUAUGAUCAACUAGCAAUAAAAUAAAGUAGGUUGAAGAAAUAAAAAAAAAGUGUUUGCCCACGAGAGUCAGCUGUACACAUACAUAAACACUGCUCCUUACUCGGCUAUGCGUUGUGCGAUGGUCAUGUAUACAAAAGUUUGAUUAGAGAGACAACAAUUGUUUUAAUACACCAUAGAAAGAGGACACGGACAGACACAGAAAGCUACACAGAAGUCUCUACACAAAGAAAUUACAAUAUCAUACCAAUAAUGACAUCACACUUCGGAUGACAAAGGCGAGAAUAAUGACAUCUGCCUGGCGUUCGAUGCAGACCCAACAGGCACAAGAACCUAUAAGGAGCAUGUACAUAUCUAUAAUACUGUAAUAUGGCUAAAUAGAUAGGUGUAGAUGCGAAUAUAUACACAAGAUGCGCAAUUCAGCAUGUCAGAGUUUCUCCGAUGCAGCCAAUGCUAUUUAUAGUGAGAAACUUGACUUGAGUGUGUCGUUUUUAGGGAAUAAAUCUGGGUGUAUGAGAGAUGUGAACAGAUGAGGUUGAGUGCUGGACACUAAAAUUAACCUGAACAAUUAAAAACAAAGAAAAAAAAUCAAUCAAAUGACAUAAAAAAAAGUAUUCAAAAAAGUUUGUAGAAAAAUAAAAAUGUCAUUGGCAAUUAGACGUGUAGACAUCGAAUGGUUCUGGAAAUAGAAACAUGUGAAAUAAUACAAAACGGGAUAAUAAUAAAUCGAAGUUCUAAGACAUCCACAUCUGCUCAGUGCUGUCUGUCCCCCUUCACGGGCCCCCCCAAAAUGUCCCCUCCGUUUGAACGCACCACUCUGCAGCUCGACAGGAACAUACCUUAUGUCCCUCCUCCUACCUAACUGUAUGGCAACACACAACGCCACAUGAUUCAUUUUAGGGAGAGACCAACGAGAGGAGGGAACUUUUGUAUCACGCAGGUA